AGUCACGUGCCUGUCCGGGUUGCUGUGGGCGUGGGUGUGGCGUGCGGACGCGCAGGUUCGCACCGGCGCAGUCGCCGGGGUUGCAGAGCAGGUUUGGAGCGGCCUUAACGGGGGCUCGGGCCUGGACGGCGGUGGUUCACGGGGAGGGGCGCAAGUGAGGGGUUCGAUACCGAGGCGACCCUGGCAGCUCCCGGGUACUCCAUCCCAUGUCCUUACCUUUUCCCCAUCUUCUCAGUGUGAUUUUUCUUGACUUCACUUUUGCAGAGAUUGACUUUGCCUCAGCUUCAGCAAGCUCAUCAUCUAAUAUUGGUGCGUGUGUAUUAUAUGUUUACAAGUCACUGGGAGUUAAGCACAGCACAUACAAGCUGGGAAGCCAAAUAAGGAAAUGUAUUCCUUCUCUUGACAGUUUUAAUUUAACUUGCUAAAGCCAGUUUUUAGGUUGGCUUGAGCAGAAAAGUGAAAAGAGAAUGCUCCACUUUAACCGAUGUCAGCAUCUGAAACGAAUAACCCAGAAAUGUUUUUCUAUUAUACAUGUUAAAACGGAUAAAUGUGCGCAGCUAUUUCUUUCAAGAACCUUUGUACUUGCAGAAUUAAGGAAGUCAUGGCACUCAACCCACUCUCUCGUUGGAGACAAAAAUAUUAUCCUGAUGGGACCGCCUGGAGCUGGGAAAACAACAGUAGGCAGAAUAAUAGGUCAGAAGCUAGGUUGUUGUGUCAUAGAUGUGGAUGAUGAUAUCCUUGAAAAAACCUGGAAUAUGAGUGUGUCUGAAAAAUUACAGGAUGUUGGUAAUGAACAAUUUUUAGAAGAGGAAGGAAAAGCUGUGUUAAACUUCUCUGCAUCUGGAAGUGUAAUUUCCCUUACUGGGUCCAAUCCAAUGCAUGAUGCUAGCAUGUGGCAUCUGAAGAAAAAUGGAAUAAUUGUGUACUUGGAUGUACCUCUAACAGAUAUAGUUAGCCGUCUAAAAUUAAUGAAAAUAGAUAGGAUUGUAGGUCAGAAUUCUGGGACAUCUAUGAUAGAGUUACUUAAAUUAAGAAGACAGUAUUGUAAGAAGUGGUACGAUACCCGUGUUUUUUGUGAAAGUGGGGCUUCCCCAGAGGAGGUAGCUGACAAAGUGCUUAAUGCAGUUAAAAGAUACCAAGAUGUGGACUCAGAAACAUUCAUUUCAACAAGACACAUUUGGCCUAAAGACUGUGAACACAAGAUUUCAACGAAAUUCUUUAGCGAAGCUGUGAUUGAGGGAUUAGCUUCUGAUGGUGGACUCUUUGUUCCCGAGAAGGAAUUUCCAAAAUUAAACUCUGGGGAGUGGAAAAACCUAGUAAGAGCAACCUACAUAGAAAGAGCACAAAUACUGUUAGAAAAGUGUAUACACCCUGCUGACAUACCUGCUGCCAAAUUGGGAGAAAUGAUUGAAAUUGCUUAUGGGGAAAACUUUACCUGCUCAAAAAUUGCCCCUGUCAGGCACCUUUCUGGCAACCAGUUCAUCUUGGAGUUGUUUUAUGGACCAACAGGAUCAUUUAAAGAUUUAUCUUUACAGCUUAUGCCUCAUCUUUUUGCAUACUGUAUUCCACCAAGUUGCAAUUAUAUGAUACUUGUAGCCACUUCAGGAGACACAGGGAGUGCUGUCUUAAAUGGUUUUAGUCAUCUUAAUGAGAAUGACAAGCAAAGAAUAGCUGUGGCCACAUUUUUUCCUGAGAACGGAGUAAGUGAUUUUCAAAAAGCACAAAUAAUUGGUAGCCAGAAAGAAAAUGGAUGGGCAGUAGGUGUCAAGUCAGAUUUUGAUUUUUGCCAGACAGCUAUAAAAGAAAUUUUUAAAGAUUCUGAUUUUACUGGCUUUCUUACUGUGGAAUAUGGAACAAUCUUAAGUUCAGCUAAUUCCAUAAACUGGGGCCGACUGCUUCCCCAAGUAGUUUAUCAUGCUUCUGCAUAUCUUGAUCUUGUUAGUCAAGGCUUUAUUUCUUUUGGAAGCCCAGUGGAUGUCUGUAUUCCCACAGGAAAUUUUGGUAACAUUUUAGCCGCAGUGUAUGCCAAAAUGAUGGGAAUUCCUAUUCGGAAAUUUAUUUGUGCUUCUAAUCAGAACCACGUUUUGACUGAUUUUAUAAAAACAGGACGUUAUGAUCUAAGGGAAAGAAAAUUAGCGCAGACCUUUUCACCAGCAAUAGAUAUUCUCAAAUCUUCAAACCUGGAACGACACUUAUAUUUGAUGGCUAAUAAAGAUGGACAAUUAAUGACAAAGUUAUUUAAUCAAUUAGAAGAGCAGCAUCACUUCCAGAUAGAAAAGAUUCUAGUUGAGAAACUUCAGCAGGAUUUUGUAGCUGACUGGUGCUCUGAGGGAGAGUGUCUAGCAGCUAUUCACUCCACCUACAAUACUUCAGGAUAUAUUUUGGAUCCACACACUGCUGUUGCAAAAGUGGUUGCAGACAGAUUGCAGGACAAAACUUGCCCAGUGAUCAUCUCAUCUACAGCUCAUUACUCAAAGUUUGCACCUGCUAUCAUGCAGGCUUUAAAGAUUCAAGAAAUCAACCAAACAUCAUCAAGUCAGCUUUAUUUAUUGAGUUCAUACAAUGCAUUACCUCCACCACAUGAGACUUUAUUAGAGAGAACAAAACAGCAAGAGAAGAUGGAGUACCAGGUCUGUGCAGCUGAUGUGAAUGUCCUAAAGAAUCAUGUGGAAAAACUAAUACAAAAUCAAUUCAUAUAAAAGUUUUCUGAGUAAAAUAUUUUUUCUGGUAAUUAGCAUGCAAUAAUAAAUCACAGAAGUUGAUUUGGAGUACAAUAGCAUUUUUAAUUUAAAUAUGUCUAUAUUAUUAUAUUUUGGAAUUUCAGUAACUUAAUCUCUAGAACUGAACUUUGUACUUGCACAUGCUCCUUGGAUCAUUAAUCUUGAAGUGACAAAAAGGUAGCAUAGUGCAUGGACCCUUGUGCUGUUGUGCUGUGCUUUGUACUCAUGAGGGAUAUAUCGGUUUCCACUUUCUUACCCCCACUUUUAGGUGGAGCAAAAUGUCUGGUAUUUAACUUGGCAAUUAAAAUACUUAAGCACAGUUGCUAACUACUACAUCUGUAAUCAUUACUGGUUCUCUGUUGAUGAGAAAGAUAAUUUACCACUCAAAUGGCUAACUUGUAUGGAUGAAGUAGUAAGCUCAUCUAUUAAAAUCAAGCCAGUGUUUUUAAUUCUACUUAGAAUCCAUUUGGGCUACAAAUAAUUACGUGUAUACUACACCAUCCAAAUUAGAUAAGUGCUCUGUCCUUCACUCCCAUUUGGAUGUUUAUAGUUGGAGUGAUGUAGUUUGAAAAUCAAGAUUCAGAAAUAAAAUUACCUAUUUAAAGAGAACAAUUUUUCAAAAUUCAAUGUAUUUGAAUUUUAAUGGAAGUGUGUUUAUAGGUAGCAGCUUCUCUAUAUUAUUUUCUCUUUACAAUGAACAUUGUCUUUUUUUGACAACUAAAACCAUACACAACUGAUGCAUAUAUUUAAUGCUUCAUAGUAUCAAUACAUUUUAACAAUACAUUUGUGAAUUUACUGGAUGUUUUACUUCUGAAUUAAAGAUUGUCGCUGAGCCCUGGCCGAGUAGCUCAGCUGGUUAAGAGUGCUGUCCAGAUAUGCCAAGGUUGUGGGUUUGAUCCCUGGCCAGGACACAUACCAGUAUCAACCAAUGAAUUCAUAAAUAAGUGGAACAAAUCAAUCUCUCAUCAAUAAAUAAAAAUUUAAAAAAACAAGAUUGUCAUUGAAAGGACUUAAUAGUGUAAUGGACUACUCUCAACCACAAGAUGGCAUUCCUAACAUGAUUUGUCAUUGCUGAUAACAUUUUAUCUCAUUUUCCGGGGGAACUACCUCCAUGAAAAAAAUAUAUUAAAAGUUAUUUUAAAAAUCAAUAGCUUAAUGAACAUGAAUACUUUGUUUAAAAAAUUUAAAAAUGCAAACCAAUUAUAUAUUAACCUUGGCUCCCUGGCUUAACUUCUAAAAAGUAAGCUCUAAAACCAAAAAUUGAAAACCAGGAGCAGUUGUAAGAAAACAGAGGUUUCAAAGUUCAUUCGUAGUUAUUUUAUCGUUUGCUUUUAAGGAUAUUUGUUUCAGUAGAUGACAUAAAAUACAUCUAAAUGUUUGCUGUGUGUAUGAGAAUACAUUUUUUUCUGAGAGGGAGGGACAGUUUAACAAGAGAGAGUUUCUGCCAAGAACUGUAGUUAAGGAGACAACACAUAAGAAAUCAUGAACAACAUGAAACAGUUUCUGCAAGACAGUCCAUGAGUAAGUGAAACAUGAGUGAUACAGUCAAGUGUUGUAAGAUUUAAGGAAAGAUUACCAUGAGAUAAUGAGUUCAGAGGAAAGAACAUGAGGUCAGUCUUGAGGCAUGCGAAGUCUUUCUGAGAGAAAAGAAAGAGGAAAUACAUUCUAGACAGAGACCAGGGAAAUAGCUAAGGUGAAAUGGCUUAAGAAAGCACCUGUAUUUAUCCUUGUUAAUUUUGUUCUCUCACAUACUUAAAACCAGCUCUGGUCCUUCCCUCUCUGCUAAUGAUCUUUCCUCAUUCAAGAGAAGGAACAAACCAUCAGAUGUAACAUAUCUUGGUUUCCCAUCACCAAAUGUAAAAAAAUCUGCUGCAGCUGUUUGUAUUCUUUCCUACUCCACUUUGAAAUUCCACUUUGAAUUCCUUCUCCUUUCAGAGGCAGACCUUUUCACGCAUGUCUUGGACUCUGUCCUUCGUAAUACUCAAGUAACGUGUUUCAUCAGUUGUCUUUCCUGUUUCUUCAACUUUUCCCCUCUAAUGGAACCUUUUUUCCUAUGCCAUUCAGAUGCCCUCUUCUCCCAUCAGAAAAAGCAUAAAAUUUUCCCCAUCUACAAAAAGCCUCUUCAAAAAGUUGCCCGCAUACAUGUGUCUAUUCUCAUUUUCUCCAGAGUGUGUACAAAGUGUAUGUUUAAGGAUGAAUAAUAAAUACAUAUGUAGUCACUGCUUCUCUUUUAGCCUAGAACAUUAUAACUUCGAUACCCACUGCAGCUCUUCUUCUAUUAUGUUCUCUGGUCUCCCCUAGAGGUACCACUAUCCUAGAUUUUCUGUUCAUCAUUCCCUUGUUUGUAUUUAUAGUUUUGCCUCUUUUUGAAUUUUACAUAAAUAGAAUCAUUUUAUGUGUGCUUCUUUCACCUCCUAUUGCUGAACAACUGUAAAAUUCAUGCAGAUGAGUGAAGCCACAGUUCAUUAAUUUUUAUUACUAUAUAAUUUAUUGUGUGAAUAGGACAAUCUAUGUACUUACCAAUUAAUGAAUAUUUAGAUUGUCUAAUUUUCAUCUGUUCUUAUAUCCAAUAUGUAUACUAUUUUGUAAAAUU